CAGAAUUCAGACGAUGUUGUCAAUGACCAUUUCGAACGAAUUCUCCAGGAGGGAGAAUACAGAGCCGUAGAGAGCUUGGACCCAGCCACAAGAGCCCGUUUUGAGAACUGGGUUAAUGAGGAACAAGCCCGUGUAUCGUCUGAAGCUACCGACAAGGACUUGAUGCUGCCAGAAGAUGCAGCUGAACCUGUAGCAAAUACUCGUCAUUCUUCAGAAGAUGGCCAUGUCGCCAUGGAACCCAUAUGGACUCGUAAUGUUGCCGAAGAGCUUCAUUACGUAAUCCAAAAGUACUCCCGUUCUACUUUGGAUGAAAACGAUGAAGACACAUUCGAUGUCACCAUGGUGGCGGAGUACGCGCCUGAGAUCUUCAACUACAUGCGCGAGUUGGAGAACAAAUUAGUGCCUGAUCCAAACUACAUGGAUAACCAAGAUGAGUUGAAGUGGGAAAUGAGAAGCGUGUUGAUCGACUGGGUCGUACAAGUACAUAGCCGGUUCAAUCUCUUGCCCGAAACUCUUUACUUGACAGUGAACUAUAUAGAUCGUUUUCUUUCCAAGAGAAAGGUGUCGUUGUCCAGAUUCCAAUUAGUGGGAGCAGUAGCUUUAUUCAUCGCGGCCAAGUACGAGGAAAUCAACUGCCCUACCGUUCAAGAAGUAGCUUACAUGGCCGACAACGCAUAUUCCAUAGAUGACUUCUUGAAGGCUGAAAGGUUCAUGAUAGACGUGCUUGAGUUCGAUAUGGGCUGGCCAGGCCCAAUGUCGUUCUUGAGAAGAACAUCUAAGGCAGAUGACUAUGACUAUGAAACCAGAACUCUAGCCAAGUAUUUCUUGGAAAUCACCAUUAUGGAUUCCAAAUUCGUAGCAUCUCUGCCUUCCUGGUUAGCGGCUGGAGCUCAUUAUCUAUCGCGCAAGUUGUUGAACCGCGGAGGCUGGACCGAAUUGCAUGUUUUCUACAGUGGCUAUACCGAGUCACAAUUGCGCCCUUUGGCUGAAGUAUUGUUGCAGAACUGCCGCGAUGCCGAAACCAACCACAGGGCCAUCUUCGAGAAGUACCAAGAAAGAAGGUACCGUAGAAGCUCGUCGUUUGUCCAGGAAUACUUAGAAACUGUUGAGCAGUAACAAGACACAUUACACCAUUGCAUUUCACUCACCGCUACCAUUGUAUACUAGCACUUUCCAAAAUUAUUUUGCAUUUCAACCAGCGGACGAUUGGUGUUCGCUUUUCAUUUUGGUUAUACUUACUAAUUCAUUGCAUCAUUGCAUUCUGUUCUUAUUUACUUUCUAUUCUUGUAUUGAAUAAAGGAAGCAUCAGAU